AUGGCGUCGUCUCUAUCCGACGAGGAGUUCACUCGAAUGCAGGUACAUUCCGCUAAAAAAGUAGCUUGAACUUUUGGUUUAAAGUGGAAACUUGAAUUUUUUCCCCUUUUUGUAACAGACACAGCUGAUUGAGCUGCGGACCUCGAAUUACGAGUUGGAAGCUAAUUGUCAAAGACAGCAGGCAGGUUUGUGUUGAUUCCAAUAUUUCCAAGAAAAUAUAAUGUCAGGUAAAAAGUAAACAUUUAGCUGUUUAGCACCCGGCGGUUUCCUUUUUCAUGGAUAUUUACUUUUGGGGAGUUUUCUUAGUUUUGAGUCAAUUAUCCACCUGCGGAUGCUGCUUGCACUAGCUCAACCAUCGAUCACUGAGUAUCACAGCUGUUUUAUUAUUAAUGAAUCGAGGCUUGAUCAAUUAUUAAAGUGAACGGUUUUAACAGGUGAUCCGCCUUUUAAAGUCAGAUGAUGUAUUCAGAGUAUUGAACAGCAUCGAUUUUUUUUGCAUUCGAAUCGAUCACAGUAGUGUGAUGAGUGUACAAUAUGUGAAGUUGUAAUAAAAUUUUAUAUUUUGAUGUUAAAAAAACAGUCAUGCUCUACAUGGUAAUUUAAGAUAUUUUACUGUUAAGAUUACAUUUCUUUUAUCAGAAUUAGAUCAACUACAAGAAAAAUAUACUAACGUGGAAAAGGAGUUACAGAAAUCUACCAAGGUAUGGUUUAAGAAAAGUAGAAAACUCUUCAGAAAAGUUGGCUAUUUGUAAUGGUUUAACUUAAUUGAUAUUAUGAAAAAACAUUGAUGAAUGUUUUAAUCCCAUUUUUGUAGAUUAUUAACAAGAGCAAAAACAGAAAGGUAUGUUUUUGCAUAAUCUUUUAAUUUAACCAUCCAGUAUGUUUAUAUACAUUACAUGAACAAACCACAGCAUGCAAGUUUUAACCCUUUAAGCCCCAGUAUCCACAUACAAAUUCUCCAAACUGAUCUCCAUACAUUUCCUUGAAGAAUCAGUUGAGAGAAUUUAAUAACAGAUCAAGGUAUUUUCGCUUUGGUUAUAAUUUGUUAAUUCUCUUGACUGUAUCUCUUGACAAUUACUGGAUAUUUUUAGGAGAAAAUUGAUUUUGGUCACUAUCGGGACAUAAAGGGUUAAACUGUGUUACCAUGUACACCUACUUAAAAUGUCAUGUUUGUCUGACUUUUGACAUUUACAUGACAACCAUGGCAAAAGUCGGACAAACAUUGCAAAUAAGUUACUCAACUGAUGUUGUUUGUGCGCUGUGCUCUUGAAUGGUGUAAAUAAAGAUUAAUUGCAGGCUACAAGAGGAGCCCGCAAUCCUAUUCUCCANCCCUGGGAACGAGAUUGGCUGGGUAAGAGGAAGUGGUCAUUUUCCAAAAUGGCGUCGUCUCUAUCCGACGAGGAGUUCACUCGAAUGCAGGUACAUUCCGCUAAAAAAGUAGCUUGAACUUUUGGUUUAAAGUGGAAACUUGAAUUUUUUCCCCUUUUUGUAACAGACACAGCUGAUUGAGCUGCGGACCUUGAAUUACGAGUUGGAAGCUAAUUGUCAAAGACAGCAGGCAGGUUUGUGUUGAUUCCAAUAUUUCCAAGAAAAUAUAAUGUCAGGUAAAAAGUAAACAUUUAGCUGUUUAGCACCCGGCGGUUUCCUUUUUCAUGGAUAUUUACUUUUGGGGAGUUUUCUUAGUUUUGAGUCAAUUAUCCACCUGCGGAUGCUGCUUGCACUAGCUCAACCGUCGAUCACUGAGUAUCACAGCUGUUUUAUUAUUAAUGAAUCGAGGCUUGAUCAAUUAUUAAAGUGAACGGUUUUAACAGGUGAUCCGCCUUUUAAAGUCAGAUGAUGUAUUCAGAGUAUUGAACAGCAUCGAUUUUUUUUGCAUUCGAAUCGAUCACAGUAGUGUGAUGAGUGUACAAUAUGUGAAGUUGUAAUAAAAUUUUAUAUUUUGAUGUUAAAAAAACAGUCAUGCUCUACAUGGUAAUUUAAGAUAUUUUACUGUUAAGAUUACAUUUCUUUUAUCAGAAUUAGAUCAACUACAAGAAAAAUAUACUAACGUGGAAAAGGAGUUACAGAAAUCUACCAAGGUAUGGUUUAAGAAAAGUAGAAAACUCUUCAGAAAAGUUGGCUAUUUGUAAUGGUUUAACUUAAUUGAUAUUAUGAAAAAACAUUGAUGAAUGUUUUAAUCCCAUUUUUGUAGAUUAUUAACAAGAGCAAAAACAGAAAGGUAUGUUUUUGCAUAAUCUUUUAAUUUAACCAUCCAGUAUGUUUAUAUACAUUACAUGAACAAACCACAGCAUGCAAGUUUUAACCCUUUAAGACCCAAUAUCAACAUACAAAUUCUCCAAACUGAUCUCCAUACAUUUCCUUUAAGAAUCAGUUGAGAGAAUUUAAUAACAGAUCAAGGUAUUUUCGCUUUGGUUAUAAUUAAUUUUGUUAAUUCUCUUGACUGUAUCUCUUGACAAUUACUGGAUAUUUUUAGGAGAAAAUUGAUUUUGGUCACUAUCGGGACAUAAAGGGUUAAACUGUGUUACCAUGUACACCUACUUAAAAUGUCAUGUUUGUCUGACUUUUGACAUUUACAUGACAACCAUGGCAAAAGUCGGACAAACAUUGCAAAUAAGUUACUCAACUGAUGUUGUUUGUGCGCUGUGCUCUUGAAUGGUGUAAAUAAAGAUUAAUUGCAGGCUACAAGAGGAGCCCGCAAUCCUAUUCUCCAGGUUGUUAUUACGUACGUAUGUAAAUCGACAGCGUUCGCUGGGACUUCCACUAAUAAUGAAUGGAAUGCACAGAACGCAAUUUGAUCACGCGUGUUUGGAUCUGCCACCUUUCAUAAUCUGAUCACGUGUGUUUUGACUAUCUGUCAUGUGAAACUUACACAAAGCGCACCAAUGGAGCAAAAGCGUUUCAUUGUUGCCAGCACUCCAUAACCUAUGGUUAUUACUAGUAUGUACAUGAAUGUAUUUUUUAACUAUUUAGGAAUAUCAAGUGCUCUUGGAAGAAAAUGAAAACCUGCAAAGACAGUUUCAGACACAAGAAGAGAAUUUCAAACUUCAAAACCAAACUCUCCUUGAGGAAAUAAGUAAGGUAAUGCCAAACUUACCUCUAAACCCGGAGGGCCUCUUGUAACAGCAUACAUACACUUGUACAGCUGUACAAUGCAUGAAAUUGAAUAACUCACUCAAAAGACUUAUGCCAGAAUUAAUCAGUCACUGCCUUCAACAACUGAUCAAUCAAUCAAUUAACCAACCAACCAAUCAAAUUUAAUAACAGUCAUUCAGACAAUCAGUCAGUUUGAUUACUGAUGAUCAAAUAAUGAAUAAUUGAUCAAUCAGUCAAUCACUUGAUUGAUGAAUCAAUCAUUUAAUCACAGACUUUACCACAGAUUUAUGAAAGUAAUGAUGUGAAUUUUGAAAUUAAUAUAUAUGCAGAUGUGAUAGGCUAUAACUUCAUAUUAAGAUGUAGAGAGGCUCAAAUGUAUGCUGUAUUAUUACUUAAAUUUGUAGUUAGUUGUGUACAGUGUUCUUUAGUUUUAAGUGUCUUGUCUUAACCUAUGUCACAAAGAGGUGUGCACUCACUGCAGAUAAAAAUUUGACCUGAUAUUAUUGGUCAGUGUAAGUUUCUGGGAAAAUCCUGUCCUACCCCUCCCCUAAAUAAAGAUUGACACUAAGUUUUCACCUUGAGCAAAAUGUUGGCUCAGAAGAACUAUUGGUGAGCAGUUUCCCAUAAUCUUUCUCUCAUCCAUAUCAUAUUUCCUGCCUCUAUUACCCCACUGACCCCUGCUGGUGCUGUUUGUCAUUGUGUGCCUUGAUCAUCUAAAUACUUUUCUUAUUUAAAAUGAACCAGUUAAAUGAUGACAAUGAAAAGCUUCAAAAGCAAGUGACAGCUAAAGAUGGUGGCCAGGAUUCAGGGGCAGAGGCUGAAAUACGACGACUCAGGGCUGAAAAUGCAGCUCUUCAGAAAAGUCUAACAAGUAAGUCCUUGUCAACAAGCUUUAACAAUUUAUCAGAAAAUGAUUUGCAGAAGUUAGAGGAUAGCAGUUAUCACCAAAUCUGUACCAUGUAUUUAUGGUUAGUAAGGUUUUAAAUCCCAGGAUAGAAAACUUAUUUGCAUAUGCAAGCUUUUGAUUCUAUCGCAGAGUCUUUAUUCAAGUGACAUACGUAAUGUAUUAUUAUAUUCUAGAGUGCAUUAUGCAAAUGCAAAUAUUUAUUUCUCUUUACAGUGGGGCAUUAAGCAAGGAAAGGUAUUGCUCUUGUUCCGUGAGCAGUGAAAUCUUCUUUUCUUGAACACUUAGUUUCUUGAAGCUUCUGAUAAUUUGAAUCAAAACUGACUUCACUUUUUUCAGUCAAAAGCUGUAAAACUUUUUGCCUUGAUUUUUUGAGUCUCCCAAUUAUUAUUUGAAACAAUUUCUAUUUCCCCUGGAGUUAUGCUAAUGAUCGGUUGAGUAAGAGCUCUAUCUCAGAUUUUUUCUGGAACUUCAAUGACACUGAUAAUGCUUUUAUAUUGCUUUUGAAACAGAUUCUCAGCAGAAGUAUGAAAACGAGCUACUACAGUUACAUGAAAAACUCUCUGAUCAAGAUACUAAUGACAGUUGUCACUCAUCGGCAAUACAAAAUGAUCUGACAUCCAGUUUGGAAGAUUCCCCAGAGAAUGGAGAACGUGAAAGUGAAACCGAACAGAAGCUCAAAAGUGGUGGACAGUUAGAGAAUACCGAGCACAGAUUUCAUGAGAUUCUGAACAGAGAACUGUCUGUGUUUUGUGAGAAAAUGUGUAGUAGUAGAACUGGUGAUGUGUCAAAUGAACAAGAAACCAAUGAUCGACAUGACGUUGCAGAAGCAUAUGAAUCAAAUAGUGAAAAAUCUGACGUUAAUGGUGAAAAAGAUAGUAACGAAACAGGAGACAAUGCAUCUACGGUUGAUAAUGUACUCAAACUGGGAGGUCGAGGGUUCUUAAACGAAGUAGACAAUUUAAAAAGAAAACUUGCUGAAACUUUUAUUCCUCUUUUAUCUUCAAAUGAGGGUAAGGCCAUAAAUAGAAUUAUUACAACCACAUAAGCUUUAGUGUCUUCAUAAUAUAUUACCAAGCAAAAGAGGAUUCAUAGCCGGGUAUCGGUAGGUGAGGUGGGGUGCUAAAUUGUGUAUCAAAAUUAGUACCAUGAGUAAUCUAUAGACUCAAUCGAAGCAAAAUGAUCAUUUUCGCAAUCUUUGCAAAUUUUCUAAUUGUAAAUGUUGGAUGUAAGUCAUGAACCUUCUAUGUAAAACUAUGUCAUUGACGAGUUCAAAACCUUCAUCAGUCUUAAUCCACUCUGUGAUAAACACAUCUGUUAACUAUAGUUUGAUUCGGCAGAUUUCCUCAGUAGACAAGCAGUCAUAAGAAGUCCUCCACGUGAACGACGCCAAGAGGUUAGAUCCUCUAGUUAUAACUUGUUUACGGUCAAGUCGCCCGAAAGUCAUCUCGCCCGAAGUUAUGUCGCUCGAAAUUUUUAGUCAAGUUGCCUGAAAUGUUGAGUUAUAUGGCUCGAAAUUUUAUGAAGCUCAACAACAUCCUAGCAUCCUUAUUACACAUUUAUCGUGCUUGUUUCGUGUCAUUGAAGAUUAAAGAAUGAGUUAUAUUACUCAUUUAUCGCGCUUGUUUCGUUGUUCAUCAAGGGUUAAAGCCCAGCGAGAUAUAUUACCCACAAUGGCUCAUAAUAUACCGCUUGUUUCGCCUCAUUAUCGCUUAAAGAACGAGGUAUGUUACACAUUCAUUCCGCUUGUUUCCUCUCAUGGUAGUUUAUAGAACGAGAUAUAUUACACACACUCUUUAUUUGUUUCUCUGUGCACUUCACCCGAUAAAAUUCGAGCGACAUGACUCAGCAUUNUUAUCGUGCUUGUUUCGUGUCAUUGAAGAUUAAAGAAUGAGUUAUAUUACUCAUUUAUCGCGCUUGUUUCGUUGUUCAUCAAGGGUUAAAGCCCAGCGAGAUAUAUUACCCACAAUGGCUCAUAAUAUACCGCUUGUUUCGCCUCAUUAUCGCUUAAAGAACGAGGUAUGUUACACAUUCAUUCCGCUUGUUUCCUCUCAUGGUAGUUUAUAGAACGAGAUAUAUUACACACACUCUUUAUUUGUUUCUCUGUGCACUUCACCCGAUAAAAUUCGAGCGACAUGACUCAGCAUUGCGGGCGACUUAACUCUGUUUUCGGGCGACUUGACUGGUUACCAAAUAGCAUUUGAUAUUACUUCUCAAUUGGUUUAAGUGACGCUAUUUUCCUUUCCUUUAACUUAAAUCAUUGAUCUUGUUAUCAGGUUGAAAUAAGAAAUAUAGCUCUUGAAAAGCAAGUCAAAGAAAUGGCUGGUCUCCAACUGCAACUGGACACAGAACGAGAGGAAAAGCGACUUCUACAAGAACAACUACAAGAAGCUGAGGUGAGUCGAAUUUAUUUUAAAAAGUUAACCUAAAAUGUUUUCCAAAUGCGAGUCUAAGAGUUUCUUUUUUUGAAAGUUUAUAGGGUCAGUUUAUAGACACGUACACGUACAAAGCUAGUCUACAUGUAACUCACUCCAGUCACUCCUGAGUGCUAGAAACUUUCCUCGCGCGGUUACCGGUUACGGUACGCUCGUUUCUUUCUUGCGACUUCGGCCUUGCGGUCAAAAAUGUGUCGUCCGAUCCCGAAUCAACCUGCUGCGCGUGAGGAAAAACUCUCUUGACCCAAGGUAAAGAUGUAAGUAUUACAUGCUCUCUUCUGGAGUUCAGCAUUGUGGAAGGCCGGAGCAAACACGCGACAAGGAAUUGCUCUCUCCUAUUUUUGAACUUGGAUGCAGACCCUUAAAAUUCAGGGGCUGGAAGUUAUAGCUAUAUUUGACAAAUUAAUCGAGUUAGAGUACUGAAAAAACGGCGUUGAAGUGUGAAGACUCGCUCGUGUCCACGUUCGAAGGGAAAACGGUCAUCUGAUGUGCAAAUAUUGUCUUCCAGACCUCAAGCAAACAGGAAAUAUCAAGGUUGGAGCAAGAGCUUGCUAAGGCGAGUGUUGACGAAAUGAUUCAAAAUGUUCUGUUCGGUUUGUGUUGUGAGUUAACUUUCUGUACUUUGUUUAUUGUUGUCGCAGUUAACGGAAAAGAUAAAGCGAAAACAGGAAAGGUAGGUGAAAAUAGCUCUAAUCUUCUCUGCAAAGUUCUGUCAUUUCAUGCUUUUCUUGAGUGGUAGUGAUUUUGAAGGAAAACGUUUGUCAUGUGGUUUAAAUAUAAGCUGAUUUCAGAAGGUUCCGCAGCUCACGGCUGGACGAUGUAAUAACUAGAAAGGUCCUCAAACUGAAUGUAGUUGUUUGUUAUUGUUCCACCGACUCGAAAAGGAGGGAGAAAUGUGCAAAUUAACGUGUGAAGGUAACAUUACCACACGCCCCAGUUUUUCUUUUCCACUUGUCUCUCGAGCGCCGGUCUAAGCGGGUAGGUUGUAAAACUUUGAGUAGAGUUGUCAACUUACGUUUUAUACCAGUAGUCAGUGCUGUAUGUUUAUCUUUUUCUCGACAGUUAUGUGCAACUGCAAGAGGAGAAAGAGAAACUCUACUCAGAAAACAAGUAAGAGCACCUCGAGCUUAGUUAUGAUUGGUCGAUGGAAUUCAAGGCAACCAUUAACUAGAUCACAAAGGCCCGAUGCCAGAAAUAUUUGCGCCAAAAGCUUGUUCCCAUUCCCCUUAUAAUUUCUGGAAUGGGAGAAUAAAGUCAUCGAUCAGUGUCACUGUCACGGUUUGUUCCUUGGAAAAAGUUGAAUUUGUUGAAUACCACGCAAGCUCAGAAAAUAGCUGCCUUAGAACACACCUUUUCUAUUUUUGGUUUUAGGAAAUCACUGGAAGAUUUAAAAGCCUCUAAACAACAGGAAAUAGAGGUACGUGAAGAUACAGCGUAAAUGAAGUAUUGCAUUGAUUGGUAUGAAAAGCCUGUUACCUUGUGCCUUGCCAUCUUACCGGUCUCUCUCAGCUUAAGUCGCACCCUAGCUUUCAUUAGAGACCUUGAGAUUCUAAGACGAAGACGACUACGAGUACGAGAUUUACUGCGCCAGCAUCAUUUUGGCGGAAAAAUGUGAUAGUCGUCAUUCUGCUACGAGUUUUAGCGAGAAUGUCGCAGUGGCAGAAGCAAGUUAUCAAAAAAAUGCACUUUAUUUGAGUGUGAGUGUAUUUAGCACGAAAGUGCUAAUUGGGACACUAUAUUUUACGUCUCCUAAUGGAGACGGGACCGCCAUUUUACGUGGUCAUCCAAGCCACGCGAAGGUCUAGCCGCCUUCAGGGCAAAGGAAGUACCUUCAUUUCUCAGUUAUUUUAAGACCCUGAGUAUUGGUCCGGCCCCGGGAAUCGAACCCUCGACCUCCCGCUCCGCAGUCAAACACUCUACCGACUGAGCUAAUCCUGCCGCGGUAAAUGUUAGAAAAUUUAUCAUUUUGCGAUCGGUAGAGGGCUAAACCUCCUUCAAUAAAGGUAACAGUACUAAUUCUCUCGGUCAAAAAAGUACAAUGAAGUUUUCCGGGGUCAAAUAUCAUACUUGCAGUCGUUCACUUCCUCGAAGGCCUCUAUCAUGUUACCCUGAAUGUGAAAUUACGGUAGUCUACGUCGUCCCUUUUAUCACCUCUCCGUUUCGAUUAACCAACUUGACUCUAACCGCCAUUGUCACUUAAAGAGUCGUUUCUUGUUGGAAAUUGUUCAAUUUUUAGUGAAUUUCGUUAGCUAGGAAGCAAGGCAAACUCGUCCAAAGCUACGUCAUCUCUAACGCGGAAGGCGAGUUGGUGUGGGGCUGCAGUUGGCUGGGAAACCGUGAACCUGUUAGGCUUUAAUAGAAUGUAAUGUAAGUUUUCGUGUGGGUGGAAGCUGCCCGAGAAGGUAAUAAUAGUGAGUUUACGCAACAGGAAGGCAGGAAGAAGACAACGGCAAAACAUUUGUGUGCGACAAACGUGACAAGGCUAUUACUUGCGUGUUUUGUCGUGAUCUUCUCUUAACAUUAUGGUUUUCUGGUCUUGUACAAAAAUAUCUGUUUCAAGGAAAGUGAAGUUUGGGGAAAAGAUGUUUCAAACAAAAUUAUUGUCACGCUUGUCACACAAGGUUUACUGUCUUCUUUCCUCACCUGUCCUGCUGCACUAAUAUUGAAAUUAAAUCUUAAGUAUUUCUUUUUUGUGCAGAUCCUUACUCAACAAAUGGCCAAGCUUCAAGAUACAUUGAAUGAAGCUAAUCAGGUGUGUGAAUUUAUACCAAUGCGAUCGCUAUUUUACUACAUGUAUUUUUCUUUGUUAACAAAAUCUUAUCUACUAUGAUUAUUCAAUUGACAGUCCUUUCCCCGAAAAGUUUAGAUAUCUAGAACCCUGGUUAGCUCAGUUUUGCUUUAUAAUCCGUGUCUCUUCAUCUAAGUUGAAAUGUAGGCACCGACUGCAACUCACCCAUUUAUUAAACGAUAUUUUCUCAGGCCAUGCAUUUCGAUCACUUAUUUUAAUUUUUUCUUACUUGAUAGCGAUACAUGGAAUUCAAGGGAGAGGCGGAAGGAAAAAUCAACGGACUUGAGGAAACCAUGGCUGCACAGCAGAACCAGGUGAAAGAAAAACUCGAAUAUUAGUUGAAUUGUUCUUGUUUUUAUCAGCAAGUCAAAGUGAGAAUGGAGGGCCUGUGUUGGUAUAUUUACAAGCUCUUUCUUGUUUGUUUCCUUGUAAUUAGGCCACUUCGUCUGCAGAAGAAACGGAGCAGAUUGUCGCAGGUCUCAGG